AUGAUAGCAAGUUUAUUAUUUUAUGUAGUAUGUUGUGUUGCAACAGAAGACCAUAACGCAUUUGAUAUGAAAUGGUUCCCAUAUGAUACACAUGGUGAAUUUUUUAUUCAUCCAUUCUUUUCACUACUUGUUUGUAUAGUUGCUAUUGGAGUAUUAUUACUUCCAUGUUUAGUACUAAUGAAUCUGGAAUUAUACCAACAACACAAACAACAACAGCAACAACAACAAUGUGAAAUAACGAAGUAA